CUGCCUGCCAGCAGCGACGCACUCCUCACCCCUCACCACCAUCCCCACACUCUCAAACCAUGGCUGCACCAUCCACCGCCGCCGCACCCGCUGCGCCGCCGCCGCCCGACUUCAGCAAGGCGACCGACGGCACGCGCGUCAUUGCCAUCGACCCGUGGCUCGAGCCCUUUGCGCCGGCGCUGCGCCAGCGCUACGCCCUCUACAAGAAGUGGCGCGACACCAUCGAGCAGACCGAGGGCGGCCUGGCGCAGUUCGCACGCGGCCACGAGCGUCUCGGCUUCCACGUCGACGAGCGCUCGCAGGCCGUCGUGUACCGCGAGUGGGCGCCCGGCGCGACCAGCGCCGCGCUCAUCGGCGACUUCAACGGCUGGAGCCGCGAAGCGCACGCGAUGCGCAAGAACGAGUUCGGCGUCUGGGAGAUCACCAUCCCCGCCGCCGACGGCAAGUGCGCCAUUGCGCACGGCAGCAAGCUCAAGAUCAGCAUGACGACGCCGAGCGGCGAGCGCAUCGAGCGCCUGCCGGCGUGGAUCAAGCGCGUCACACAGGACCUCUCCGUGUCGCCGGUCUACGAUGCAAUUUUCUGGAACCCGCCGGCAUCGGAGCGGUAUGAGAUGAAGCACCCGCGCCCGCCGAAGCCGACUGACCUCAAGGUGUACGAGGCGCACGUCGGCAUUGCGACGCCCGAGCCGCGCGUCGGCAGCUACCCGGAAUUCACGCGCAAUGUGCUGCCGCGCAUCAAGGACCUCGGCUACAACACGAUCCAACUGAUGGCGAUUCAGGAGCACGCAUACUACGCCUCGUUCGGCUACCAGGUGACCAACUUCUUUGCCGCCAGCAGCCGCUACGGUACGCCGGAGCAGCUGCGCGAGCUCAUCGACACGGCGCACUCGCUCGGCAUCACGGUGCUGCUCGACAUUGUGCACUCGCACGCGUGCAAGAACACGCUUGACGGCCUCAACAUGUUCGACGGCAGCGACCAUCUCUACUUCCACGAGGGCGCAAAGGGCCGCCAUGAGCUGUGGGACUCGCGCCUCUUCAACUACGGCAGCCACGAGGUGCUGCGCUUCCUGCUCAGCAACUGCCGCUACUGGCUCGAGGAGGGCUUUGACGGCUUCCGCUUCGACGGCGUCACGAGCAUGAUCUACACGCACCACGGCAUCGGCACGGGCUUCUCGGGCGGCUACCACGAAUACUUUGGCCCGUCGGUCGACGCCGAGGGCGUGGCGUACCUCAUGCUGGCCAACGAGAUGAUCCGGCAGGUGCUGCCGGACGCCAUCACGAUUGCCGAGGACGUGAGCGGCAUGCCCGCGCUGUGCCGGCCCGUCGAGGAGGGCGGCAUGGGCUUCGACUACCGCCUCAGCAUGGCUGUGCCUGAUAUGUGGAUCAAGCUGCUCAAGGAGACGCAGGACGAGGACUGGGACCUGGCAAACAUCUGCCACACCCUCACGAACCGCCGCCACAUGGAGAAGAGCAUUGCAUACGCAGAGUCGCACGACCAGGCGCUGGUCGGCGACAAGACGCUGGCGUUCUGGCUCAUGGACAAGGAGAUGUACACCAACAUGUCCGACCUGUCUGAGCGGACGCCGAUUGUCGACCGCGGCCUGGCGCUGCACAAGAUGAUCCGCUUCCUCACGCACGCCCUCGGCGGCGAGGGCUGGCUCUCGUUCAUCGGCAACGAGCACGGCGAGCCGGAGUGGCUCGACUUCCCGCGCGAGGGCAACGGCAACAGCUUCGCCCACGCGCUGCGCCGCUUCGACCUCUCCGACGACCCGCUGCUGCGCUACCGCUACCUCAAGGCCUUCGACAAGGGCAUGAACUGGCUGGAGGACCAGUACAAGUGGCUGGCGUCGCCGCAGGCCUACGUCUCGCUCAAGCACGAGAGCGACCGCGUUAUUGCCUUUGAGCGCGCCGGGCUCAUCUUCAUCUUCAACCUCCACCCGACCAACUCGUACACGGACUACCGCAUCGGCGCCGAUGUGCCGGGCGAGUACGUCAUUGGCCUGGACAGCGACGCGGCCGAGUUCGGCGGCCACGCGCGCAUCGACCACGCCAAGAGCCGCUUCUUCACGACGCCGAUGGGCUGGAACGGCCGCGCCAACUUCAUCCAGGUCUACCUGCCCUCGCGCACGUGCCUCGCGCUGCGUCUCGCCUAGACGGGCGGACGGACCCUCACGUCCUCUGUCCCAAGGUUGCUCUCGGUCACUGUGCUCCCAUACACUCCGUCAUGUCUUCCGCUCUUCCAGCUGCCGCGGUCUCUCGUCAUCUACCCAUGCCCCUCUUCAGAAAUGAUACGCUCCGUGCCAUGACCAGCA